GUUUCAAUUUUACAGGGCACAACGACCACUCUUCGUUCGCGCUCUAGCUGUCGUAAGCUCAUCUUUACGCUACCUGCGACCAAGAGAAUCCCCUACUCUCAGUGAAACCCUUAACGAUAAAACGAGAAGAAAACGGAAAACGUUAUUUGUUUUGCAUCCUUCCAAGGACGAUUUGCAGGAAGCUGAAGGAAGUGAGUGUGUAGUUUGUGAAGCCUUUAGCCUUUUAGCCGGCGAAACGCUAGAAGCCAAAAAGAUGAAAUCAACCAACGCGCGUGGCCAGUAAUUGUCUAAUUGAUGAUUGAUUCAAAUAGGAAGGCUGGUCCCGGUAGUCCGGAGUUUUGGUAGUGAUCUGGCGAUCCGUUUGUGAGUGCGUGCGUACGUGUGUCGCUGUUGUGGGCCGUCCGCGGGCCGCGUUGUGAAAUGUUUGUUUUGUGAUCGCGGGGAAGGCCGUCGAAAAAUCUGGUGCAUGGUACGAAGUGCAGUGCGUGUUAAAGGUGCGUUAAUGUUGCAAGGGCCUGGUCGGGCCAGGCCAGACCGGUGCAGCUGUGAGGUGUGAGGCAAAAGGUUGAAGAAAGUAACAAAUAACCUCCAUAAAAGUGAGAGAGAAAGUGUUGGGCUGCUUGUGCACUUGUUCCAUCACGUGUGAGUGUGUAAUGUACCCGCGAUAUGUAGUGGCGGGGCACCGAUCGCGCGCAGAUCGUGAAUUUGGGUUUACGGAGCGCAAUUAAGCAGCAGAGGUCGCGCCUCUGAUAAAUCUGCUUCCCGGCACAACCACCUGUAUGUGAUUUCAUCAACCGGCAAAGAUCACGUACCAACUUGCACCAACUUGCACCAACGAUAACGCAACGAUUCCACGCCACGCGUUUCCAAGAGUUAUGGACUAAGAGCCACUCAUUGUCGGAAGCACAGUAGAGCGUGGAAGCACGUUGUGUAAAGAGCAUAGAACAGAACCAAACAUAUCCAGCAUCAUCCAGCUAGAGAGGGAAAGAUAGCAGGUGGUUUGGUGGUCCACCGAGGACGCAUCAAAGUCAAGAACUCCUUUAGAACGGGAAAGGAUCUUAGCGAGCUUAGAAUUGUGAUGCUGUAGGAGUACGAACGAUUCCAAUUUCUUCUCAAUAUCCUAAGCGUUUUAUCGAGCAGGUGAACGUGUCUUUCAGAUAUUACAUCGAAGUGUAAAACAAAGUAACCACCACAAAAUGAAUGGAUUAUCAACGCUCAAUAGGCUGCUGGGAAAGAGAAACAAAGAUGUUUCCAAAUCUACAUCCAACCUUAGUCGGUCCACUACCAACCUGGACGCCCCUAGUCAAUACAACAGCAAAGUCAUACAGCUACCCAUCGUACCGAAUGCACCGUUCGAGCAGACAUUCCGUGUGACCGUUCUACUACCCCGUGAUCAGCUGUAUGUGGCGCGAAUCGGUGCGAAAACAAAGCUGUCCGCUCUGCUGGAGCAGGUGUGCAACGAUAAGCUGCUCGAUGCCCAGAAGUACGUUUUCCGCCAUCCGGCCGACUUCCAACAGGGCUUCGAGCUGGACAUGAACAUCGGCGAAGUGGGUCUGAGCGAGAUUCGGCUGAUGUCACGCAAAGAGCUGGAGGCACUGCGCAACAGCGACUACCGGCUAAGCACCAGCGACAUCUUUCGGAUGCACCAGAAGACAGCCCGUGAAACUUCCGGUGCAACGUCGGUUACCUCGUCCGAUCUGAGCCGCACCUCGAAGAUGGCACUGAAGACGACCUCACCGUACAGUUCGACGAAUUCGCUCAAUUCGGCCGACUCAUCGGGUGUGAGUUCGAGCUCGCGCGGUGGUACCAUCAAUAAUGGUCAUGCAGGUAAUGGCCACCAUCAGAUGGCACCGGCACCGGUUGCUCCAGCGCGAAAGAAACGAGUUGCACCACGUCCACCGAGUCAGAACUCGAUUCCGGAGAUGCGUCCCGUUGCCGUGACGCAUACAACCACCACCAGCAGCAAUGGUUCUGUCGGUAAACAGUCGCCCGAUGAUCACCAGCUGUUCAAAGAACCCCAGUUACCGCCUAACUCGAGGCAAAAUUUUCACGUUUCCACACCGAACCUGUACGAUCGGGAGCCGAAACCGGUUCAUAUUCUAAACAAUAAUAAUGGCAUUGGCAAGGGGCGACGCACCAGUGGCGAUGAAGAAGAGCAACAACGAAACGGCCACGGAACGGUGGUGGCUGAACCGAAUAACAACAAUCACGAUGUCACCUCGUCGAUGAUGUUGCACCGGGAGGAGGAGGUGGAGGAAGAUCGUAAGAAUCUAAUCAAUACAAAGACUUCGUACAGCACGCUCAAGAACCGGCCUACCUCGAUGUACAUCAUCCGAGAGCCGGACGGUGGUGGGGCGGCAUUGCAGCGAUCGAGCGAGCACAACGGUGGCAGCAUGAUGGACAUACAUCGGCAUCAUUCGCGUGCCUCUUCGAGCUGCUCGGAUGCAAAGGAUCCGCGCGAUUUUGCGGAUAUGCCGGAACCGACACCAAGAAAGCGCUCAAAUUCGAGUGCCAAAAAAUCGAAGGCACCAGCUCCACCACCAAGAGCCAAAGCAGCUCCCGUCACGCCCGUACCGACGCCCUCGCCGAGAGCGCUAACCAGGUCCACGCUUGAUCUACUGCGUGAUAAUGAUGUCGCCAUCUCCGAGACGGAUUCCAACUUUAGCAGCGAACCAGAUGACACGCAACGCAAUAGAGAAUCGCGAUUGAAUGCCGUCAAUGGAAGCAUCCAUCGGGCACCACCGCCCUCGGCUCAUCAGAACGUAUCGAAAGUGAUGCUUAACGUGGAGGACGCACCGAGUAGCAUAGUAUCCCUCGAAUCACCCAAGGUGGCCGGUGGUGAAAAGAAGCAUCAGAAGAACAGUUCUACUUCCUCGGUAUCGAUCAAAAUUGGUGGACCGGAGCAGGUGCCGGUAGCAGCACAGAAGGUCCUUUCCAAACCGACCACACCGAUCGUGUCGAAAGUGCAGAUCGGCAAUGGCGAACAGCCAGCGAAGAUACCACCAUCGCCAGGUGAUAAUAGCUCCGAUGAAGAGAUUAAGAUCUACAACAUCGAGUCCGGUAAAGCGUUGAUCAAGAAGAAGGUGGCACCGGUGGACGAAAAGAAACCGGAAAUCGUUUCCAAGUCCACCAACGGUGUACCGGCAACGAAUGGAGGGGCUAACGGAGAAGGAGCAGCAGCUGAUGAGGAGCAGUGGACGUACAAGCUUCCUGCUCCACCCAAGUUUGCCGAUUCUUCGAUUAAAGCUAACGAUUACGAUGAACGGCAGCAGUUCUACCGUCCAGCGUCAACCUUCAUCGACAAUACGACGCUCCGGAGCGAUAUGCUGACCGUUGUUUCCGAUGAAACCGAACGCAUUGAACCGUUCAUUCAGGAACGCUUACAAUCGCUGGAGCUGAACCUACCGUCCGAGCCGCGACCGAGAGCUGAAAGCCCGACAACAAGCGUCUCAACCGAUUCCACUACGCACGUUUCGGAUAUCGGUGAAGGUCCUCCACUGAUAAACUCGGACGUGGAAGAUGGUUAUCGUGUGCGAGCGGAUGAUGAAGUGAAUCACAAGGCACCCAAGCAAACGAACGAGGAUGCGGCCGAUCUACAUGGCGCCGAAACCACCACGGUUAAUGUCACACAUGAGGCACGCGAGGUGUGGUUACAAACGCUCGAGAAACGCCGAGAGAAGAUCAUCGAAGGUGAGCUCGCUACUCUGAGUGAAUCGAUCGGUGGCAAACAGAUCAUGGUUACAACCCCUCCCGUGGGACCACCGGCGACAGAAACGGUAAACGAGCGGAAGAGUAGCGUAAUGAACGAGCUGAACCAGCUGUUGCGUGAUGGAGUCGAGUUGAACCACAAAGAGGACGCAGACAUUGUGGCCGCCAAUCGGAGCAGUUUGGCAAACUUUAAGAUAUCAACCUACAGCUCCGAGAACAAGGAGAACAUUAUCACCAGCACGACGAUAACAACCACGGCAACCACGACGAGCAAGGUUAUCGAAGGCCAGGACGAUGUUCUGCUGGCGAGACAGACUUCGACCGUCGUAGAGAAAGAGGUGGCCAGUGAGACGGUUUCAAAGCCUGUGGUGAAUGGUGGACGGGAAGAGGAGAACGACGAAAUCGUUGCCCGGCGUAAAACGUCCCUCGAUACCGUGGGCCGCAAGGCACAUUCGUUGACGCAGAGCAGCGAUGAAGAUGAUCCAGCGAUGAAUCGUCAAAGCAAUGGCUAUCAUGGUGCCGGCGCCAAGAAAGAGGUGGCACCGGUUAAGCGUCGCAGUCUUACCAUGCUCAACAAGAGCCCUCGCGUUAUCAAUCGUUCCGAUUCGUUCCAUUCCACGCGCUCGGAUUACAUUCAAGCGCUAAACUCUCCGGUUAACCAAACGGUCCCUACCUCGAAGCUACAGCUAACCCCACGGAGCACCUCGUACAUUUCGCUGAUCGGUGCUCAACGCUGGGAGAACCGUGCCGCGCUGGGAGUGUCCACCGGUGCGACAUCAUUCAACCGGCGUAAGUCGACCAGUGAGCUCAGCAUCUGUGACUCACCUUCCCUCCAGAGCCUGGAAGUGAUCAAAAACAUUCUAAACACGUCGCGCAAAAACAGCAUUAACAAUCUGCAUCACACAGCCAGCAGUGCCGUUGAGCAGCGCGCCACGCUGGAUGAGGAGAUUGCGCUGCCCUCGAUGGCUGCGAUCAAGCGUAAUAGCUUCACGGAUAUCUCGACGCUCGGGCAGCUUAAUGGAAAGCUGGUGCAGCUGAAUGGUGUUGGUGGUGCAGCUGGAUCGAUUCGCAAGGACAGUAUCGAGGAAGUGAAAGUGGAGCAAGAAGAGGAACACGAGAAACCCGAAGUGCCGAAGGAUGACGAGGGUCAAACUCAGAUUGAGCGAACUGUCGAAGUACGCAUCGAAAAGCUCGUUGUCGAGGAGCAACACAAAGAGGAGAAGCUGGAUAAAAGAAUCGAGGAACCGGAACCGCAGGAAUUGAAGAAGGACUUAUCGGAUAAGACUGUCGAUACGAAGCCGACGGUUCUGGUGGAAAAUCUGGCCAGCGAGUCAAAGAGCGAUGAUGAGAAGCUGCAGAACAAGCAGCACCAGCAACAGCAGCAACAGCAGCAGAGUGCCAAGGAACCGCAAACGAGUGUGGUGAGCAUCACUACAACCAGCACGGUCGUGAGUAGUACCAACACCGACGAUAGCAAGCCGUCGAAUGAUACGGAUACGAAGAAGUGGACGUAUCAGGGACCGCCGACAAUCAGCUUUGCGACAUGGAAUGAGCGUCCAAAGAUCGAUGUAUCGAUCAAAUCCGAUCGUGAUUAUCGUUUCGGUGGUAGCUCGACCCUUCCACGUGGCUUCCGGAACGUGAACAACGUAAGCAGCACAAAGAUCAGCAUCGGACCGGGUGGUAGCUCCACGACCCACACGACGACGACGAUGACAACGAUGAGUGCCUCGGAGACGGCCGUGCGCCGUACUAUUCACGAGGUGGAAUCAGCAGCGCAACCGGAGCGAUUCGUUGAACCAACAGCAAGUUCCACCAUUAAUGUGCCAUUGACGGUGUCUCAGGAACGCCCAGAACCCGUGUCCAGCGCGGUGGUCAACCCGAAGCCCUUCACCACACCAACGAAGCCCACUGUCGCCGGUAGCUCACUGACAACGAUCAACAGUACACCCUCCCCAUCACCACCACCCGGGGAACGGUUGCCCAUCGUCCGGGCGGUCGAGUACAAAAAGAACGUGGCCAAUCGUCAAUCGUCACAACCGGUACCACCACCGGUGGAACCAAAGCCGUCGUACUUUUACGAAACAUUUUCGCGAAACGAUAGCACCACUAGCUCGACGAGCAGCUCGAUCGGUACCGGGGGUAACGUGAGCAGUGUUAAUUUGAAUGGCGGUGGCACCACCACUACCAUCAGCCGAUUGAGCCUUGGUCCGAAACCGGCCACCUUACUGCAACCGACGGUUCGCGGGUUUAAAUCGCUCGAUGAAGCCACAAUCAGCUCCGUGGCAGCACCAGCCCGAUUGCGGCCAGUAUCGAUGAUCGACGCGAGUGCAGCAACGCUCCGUAAAACGAGUGUUCCGGUGACCAGCACCAUCAUCCAGCAGAAUGAUUCAUCAUCAUCAUCAUCGGCACCCAAUUCGUUGCCCUUCUCGCAGAACACGCUGCGUCGUACUGGGCUGAAAGAGAAGAUCCUUGCCAAGGAAGAGAUGAUCGCAUCCGAGCCGGUCUCGAAGAAUACGAAAGUCAAUGGCAGCAGUGCGGUAUCGCUUAGCGCAAAUACUGCUGCUGUUCCACCACCACCACCACCUGCUCUAAAGCGGCCAGUUUCCCUAGCCGGACCCAUUCCACCGCCACCGUCGGUCCCGUUUCCGCCGGUUGCCCUUAAACCCACACAACCCGUGGUGCGAGGCGCGAUCGUAAAGAAAUCGCCCACAAGUCCGGCCAUUGAUCCACGGACGGCGUUGCUCGAUGCUAUCCGCGGCUUUAACAAGGAUUCGCUUCGGAAGUAAUAGAAACCGUCUGAGUUGGUUGGAAUGGGUGGAUCUACUAGGAGUAGGCAAAUGGGACCAAAGGUGUUGUUGGAAGGAAAGCUCCGUACGGCAUGCUUAUUUCUCUUAUGUUUCGUUUCUUAAACCCUUCCUUAUCCUUAUGUAAUGCAUGUCACCAAAUCUGUGGCCUGUUAUUCUUAUUUUUCGUUUACCUCUUAUUUUAUUGCUUGUUAUAAUUUCUAAUCCCUACUGAUAUUCCACGCAAUCCAGCACAUUCCAGCAGACCGUCUUCUACAUUCCACAGUCACUAGGCACUAGGGUUGAACGAGGGAUUAGAAUAGCUGUGUUUGCUUUAAAAAAAGGUGUAAGCCGUUUUAAGCUCGUUUUGCGAUCUUCUUUUGUAUAAAAUUGAACAAAAAGCUAUCGUUUUACGUUCCCCAUUCCAUAAUCCCGCACACCUGGGAAGCUUUGUAAAGUACCAGCGAAGGUAGCAGAGUGUUUAGUUAGAGAAACAUUUGCAACACCAAUCCCCCUCACAGCAGGUAUUUAGAUAGGUUAGUUCAGUAGUCUAAGGGCCAAAUUUUGUAAAUCGAAUUUCCUUUUAAACCUUGGAUGCAGGGAAAAUGCAGGGAUCUAAUCUACUCUAAUCGCUGCUCUACCGACAGCACCCGCAGCAGUAUACACAGAGGUAUAACCGAAUAGCUGGUCUUUACUGAUUGCACAGCAAGAGAGAAAUCCGGUCUGUUAUGGCGCGAUUUGGAUCGUUCCGGUGAUCCACAUCUCGCGUGGGCCGUGUCUUUUUCUUCUGUUUCUUUUGUUUUUUUAAGGCAAGUGUCUAAUACCAUUACAUUAGCCACGUAGUUGUUAAAAUGAAAUAAAGAAAAUCAUGUGGAUAUUAAAGUUAACUCAAAUUGAAA